AUGUAUUCGCAGAUUUCUUGCCCUUUAAAGCUAGGUCCCUCAGAUAUUGACAUCAGAAGGGAGAUCAGUCGCUCAAAGACUUCCACGAUAUAUGAGAUACAGCUAGUUGGGAAACAAUAUGCUAUGAAGCUUGGGAGGUACACAAAGAAAGGCCGAGAUUUAAACCGCUUUCGCUGCGAAUUGGACGCCUAUCACAAUCUUCAUGAAUUCGGCGUUUGUGAUGGCUUUGUUCCGGCUUUUCACGGCUACAUCGAUCGAAUUGAUCCGUCCGCUUUCCACCCACCGCUUAAACAUUUCGUCGGCGAUAAAUUCCAACCAAGGGGGAUCCUUCUUGAGUACUUGCCGGGUGCGGAAAGACUAAAUUGCGAGAAUUAUUCGGAAGAUCGCUUUCGCGAUGCGGUUAAUGGCAUAAAAGAGAUUCAUGGUGCCUUUGUCCAUCACCAUGAUAUUUACCCGAAGAACAUGCUUGUUGUGUCUGGUGAACGUAUUGUAUGGGUUGACUUUGAUGUUGCGACAACUUUCAGCAACAUGGGUCCUCGUGAGAGAGCAUAUUGCGAAUAUGAAACGGAGCUUGUUAGGAGUUUUGGAAAACUUCUGAGUGAGGACAAGGCACAGGGUCUUCCUCCCAACACAAAGUAUUAUUGA